AUGGAAAACGUAGAGAAGCUCCAAUUUCCAGCUUUAGACAUCACUGGUACCAACUACAUUUCAUGGGUUACAAAUGUUGAACUUCAUCUUGAAUCUCUUGGUCUAUCCCAGACUGUUAAAGAGAAUAAUACUUCAACGCCUCAAGAAAAGGCUAAAUCGGUGAUCUUCCUUAGAAGACACCUUAAUGAAAGUAUUAUUUAUGACUAUGCCAACAUGAGAGACCCUAAAGAGCUAUGGAAGUCUCUGAAAGAUCGUUUUGAUCAUCAGAAAGACAUAACACUUCCACUUGCUCGGGUUGAAUGGCAAAGUCUGAGAUUCCAAGAUUUCGACAAAGUGAUGAAUUACAAUUCUGCUGUGUUAUGA